AUGACCGAACACGUUUCCCCUACUGAGGACCAGGCCUUGCACCAGCCGUAUGGUCAAUUCAUUCUGUUUGGAGAUUCUCUGACGGAGAUGUCGUCUAGCCAGGACUACGGGUUUGGGUUUCACGCAGCACUACAGCAUGACUAUAGUCGUCGUCUAGAUGUGAUUAACCGCGGGUUUUCUGGUUACAACACCUCACACGCCCUUAAGACAAUCUUUUUCGGUUGCAACGAUGCGUGUCUCCCUGGAAACUACCAGCACAUUCCCCUAGACAUUUACCGCGAGAAUUUGAGAGAAAUCAUUCAACACCCUGUUGUAAAGGCCCAAAACCCCAGAAUCCUUAUCCUCACCCCACCUCCGGUCAACGAGUACCAACUGGAGGCCUUUGACGCUUCCGAAGGCGUACCUCACCCUAGCAGAACCGCAAACCAGACGAGAAAAUAUGCGGGUGCUGCCAGCGAUGUUGCGUUGUCGUUGGGGGUUCCUAUUGCCGAUCUCUGGACGGCAUUCAUGGAAGCUGUCGAAUGGAGAGAAGGAGAUCCUCUUAUAGGCUCCAGAGAAGUUCCUAAUCACGAGUCGUUCCAGCAAUAUUUCACUGAUGGUACAUGA